AUGUGCACGAGAGUGAAACGGAGCUAUUGGGCGCUCCGGGUGCCGGCCGGAGUUCAGGAGAGUGGAGCGACAAACUUCUGCGCUCUGGCUGAGUCACCGAGGGGCGGGGACUCGGAGAUGUAUCCCGUAUCGGAGCCAGGAGCCGGGUGUCAUCGUGGCAGUCUUGUCAACGCACUGGAGAGGAAUAGAAAGGAAUGUAAAUCGGUCCGGACUGUUCAGUCGUCCAAUCCAAUCCAAUCCAGCCCAGGGGAGCCAGGAAAAAUCACCAAACAACCCUUGCCCCCAUCUGGCCGUUCGGCCCACCUUUUCUUGCCCACAUCUCGAGCUGGCCUGAGCUCGUCUCCGACCAUUAGGCUCUUUAAAGCUGAGCAAAUUUGA